AUGGAUAAAGUACAAGCUGCCGAUGAAGUUCGGGAGUUGGAAUUACAGGAAAGUGUUCACACAAACAGCGCCAAUAUAAGACUUCUUACUUAUAACACUUGGGGUUUAAAAUACGUUUCCAAAUAUCGAAGAUUUCGUCUUUGUGCCAUAGCCGAUCGGCUUGCAAAUGCCGUCCCUGGGUCCCAGGAUGACUAUGACAUAGUAGCGUUGCAGGAGGUGUGGUGUAGUGAAGACUGGGAAUAUCUCAGCAGCCGCUGUGAAAAUUUGUACCCAUAUCGACGCAAUUUUAAUUCAGGAAUAAUCACCGGUCCUGGUCUUUGUAUACUCUCCAAAGUCCCCAUCAAGGAGACGUUUCUAUAUCGAUUUCCAAUCAACGGGAGACCGUCAGCGUUCUUCCGAGGCGACUGGAUGGUGGGAAAAAGCAUAAGUGUGACUUUACUCCAACCUCAUACAAAAGGUGCACUUCCUAUAGCCCUACUAAACUCCCACAUGCAUGCCCCCUAUGCCCUCACGGGUGAUGCUGCUUAUAGCUGCCACAGAGCAUGCCAGGCGUGGGACUUUACAAAGUUGGUUCGUAUGCUCAAACGGGCAGGAUACGCUGUGGUUCAGGUUGGAGAUCUCAACUCCAGACCUGGUUCUUUGCCUUAUAAACUAUUUACCGUAGAGGGAGGCUUGGAAGACUCUUGGGAUGUGCUAGGCAGUGUUUCUGGCAAGAAAGCUGAGGAUGUGGCACCUCCUGUGGAUGUCAAUGUUGGUCCUAUGGCAUCUGCAACUCCGGCGAUCGGGCCCGCUGGUAUUACUCCCAUAGCAGAAAUGUCUCCAGAGGACCAAAUUCUCAUUGGUGGAGUGACUUGUAACUCCACAUUGAACACCUGGCGUGCAAACCGACGUCUCUCUGAAGCAUGUCGUUUGGACUAUGCUCUUAUUGAUAAGGCUACGGUUCUUCCUAUUAACGCCGCAGUUCGGUUCACAGAAGUAUCUGAAUCUCCAUACAAUUGCUCGCUUUCUGACCACUUUGCAUACUCUGUGGAAUUGCAAAUUGCAAAUGAAUCCCGCCGCAUCAAAGAACACCGUCCUUCUGAGCGCAUUGAAGUCUAUCAGGAACUCAAACGGGAAAUUGAAAUCUACUUGAACCACACCAUUCCUUUCCAAGCACAAUGGAGAAAAUGGCACUUUAUUGGUUCUUUUGUUCUAAUCAUUAUUAUACACAUUGGCAUGACAUGGGCUGCUCAGCGAAGUGCCUGGAGUACUAUUCUUCUCCUGUUGGCAAGCACAAUAAUAGGCAUAACUGGUGUGGUGAACGGGCUCAUUUGGUUCUUGGGGGUGCGGUCAGAGAAGAGGGCACUAUUGGAGGUGAAGAGUGAGGUGGAGGACAUGAUUUACGGAUCGAAAGAGCACCCCAAUUAG